UUAGGUCUCUCAAUCACAAUGAAUAAUGUUUCUGUAAUAACAAUGUUUUUUCUUUCAGGUUUCAAUGAAACAAUCAGUCACAGGUUUGUUCUCUUUUUCCUCAGUUUGUUGUGUUACUGCAUCAUUUGCCUGGUCAAUGUUUCUCUCAUUGUGACCAUCAUCUUGGACACCAACCUCCAUGAACCAAUGUAUAUUCUGCUCUGUGUCUUUUGUAUGAAUGCACUUUAUGGAACAGCAGGUUUCUUUCCCAGAUUUCUCUGGGAUCUCCUCUCUGAUGUUCAUCUCAUCUCAUAUUACGGUUGCCUUAUUCAGAAUCAGGUGAUUUAUUCUUUUGUCUGUGGCGAACUGUCGAUUCUUGCAGUCAUGGCAUAUGACAGAUAUGUGGCCAUAUGUCAGCCACUGAAGUACCACUCUAUCAUGUCAAAGCAAAGAGUCAUUAGGUUUGCAUGUUUUUCUUGGUUCACAACUUUCUGCAUUAUGGCUGUGAAUACCUUUCUAACAUUUAGACUGAAGUUAUGCAGCCCGUAUAUUUCCAGACUCUUCUGUGUGAACUGGAGUAUUGUUCAGCUCGCUUGUUUUCCAGCACAAACAACAAUCAAUGCUAUAUCUGCAAAUAUUGCAAUAAUUAUUUAUUGUCUUCAUGGUGUUUUCAUAGUUUGGUCCUAUAUGUAUAUCAUUCAAACAUGUGUAAAGUCUAUAGAAAACAGGGCAAAGUUCAUGCAAACAUGUGUCCCACAUCUCGUCUCAUUAUUUACUUUUGUUGUGGCAAUACUUACUGAUGUUAUAAAUAUGCGACUGGGUUCGAAAGAGUUGCCUCGGACCCUUCAAAACUUUAUAGCAAUAGAGUUUCUUGUCAUUCCUCCUAUCAUGAAUCCUCUGAUUUACGGUUUUAAACUGACCAAAAUUCGAAAAAGAAUUUAUAGUGUGGCUCAGCACAGAGUUGAGAGCUACGUCGAUGGCAUCUUCUGUGGAUCUGUUCGCAUAAUUUGCAAACUGGUAAUCACUGGUCUGAUCCACAAUAAAGACGAGUCCGCAUACAGACAGGAGGUGGACCAGCUGUUCUGCUGCAGUCAGAACCACCUGGAGCUGACUGUGGAGAUGACGGUGAACCUUCAGAGAGACCCCCUCACUAUCCUUAACAAUAGAUUACUUACCGUGGAUCACUUCAGAUUCCUAGGACCCACCUUUCCACGCCAUCUGAAGUGGUCCUCACAUAUAGACUCUAUCCAGAAGAAGACCCAGCAGAGGUUGUGGUUCCUGCAGCAACUCAGAAUUUACAACCUGUCCUGUUGGCUUCAUCAGAUGUCCUGUAUCAUCAUGCACUAG